AUGAGAUUAAAUUUUAAGAACCUUUUGGAUGAAAAAGCAAGAGGAGAUGAAGCGGAGGUUAUUUCAGAAGAUAUAGAAGAAAGUCAUGAAGUUGAUAUUACAGUUCUAAUAAUAGACGACUCGUCAUCAAGAACUGCAUGCGUUACAUUAAACCUAAAAGAUAAAUUAUCAAAUAUUCAUUACGGACGUAUUAUAACUUUUGAUGGAAUUCCGAAAACCAAGGAAGCUGAUAAGAGUGCAUUUAAAAUGAAUGAUUGUGUAAUGACUAAACUUGACGGUAAAGGAUUUAAAAGACAUGAUCAUGAAUUUAAAUCGCAAGAAGAUUGGAUGGCGAAGACGAAUCUAUUUUUCGACAUUAGCGUGGAUCUUGUAAAUUGGGAAUAUCUUACGAACAAUCACAAAAUAAAGAUUCGAAUUUUGAAACUAAUGUAUCAUAUAGCUUCACAAUUUAUUGUAAAUGCCAUAAACUCCGAAGUUCCUAGAGAGCAUUUUGAGAGCAUUAUUAAAGAUUACGGGGAAUUCAUUCAAACUGAAGUUAUAUUAGGCGGAAGAGAUUUGGUGCCAAGAAUUCAAAAAGAAAAUACAAUUACACCGAAGAAAAUAUAUACGUAUUUAAUUGGAGGACAACAACCCAAUGGUGAUUUUGAUGAAACAGCCUGA